CUUCCGACUCCUACCGGGUCACAACAAUUACAAUCCUCUUACAGUAGACUCCAUCAAGAAGAAAGAAAUUGACAAAAUGAAGAAAGAUCUUUCACAGUCAAAACAAGGUUCAAGUACAACGAAAUAUAAGAACACUGGUGAAUCAGAGAUUACAGAGCACUUCCAAUGUGAACUUCCAGUUCCAAUGUUUCAGCAUAGCCUCCAGAUUGGUCAUUACUCUUCUCAACAAGUAUCCAGAUUGCAGCAUGAGAGGAUGGUUAACAGUGUCCAGACUAAUACACCCAUGCAAUUGACUGCUAGUCACCUUUUGAACUAUAGGUAUUCUCAUUUGAUGGCAGAUGUAAAAAAUGAUGUGCUUUGCACGGUGAUUGAAUUUCCAAAAAGUUGCUGCUUGUGUUUGGGUGAAUUAAUACCAGUUAAAAACCCAAGGACCAAUGGACCUAUCCAAUUUCUUGACUCUAACGAUGUAGUAAAAGAUAGCAAGGUGACCUGUGUAUGCUGGGCAGGACCGGGUAGUAGUGCUGAGACUGCUGCUGUUCUCUACUCAUCAUUCAAAUCAGAGAGUGGUAUUAGUGAAAUCAGCUCAUUUUCUACUAAUCCCAGACACAGUGCUUCCAGGAAAGCUUUAAUGGUGGAUGUACAAACACAAAGAGCAUUACAUUUCAAUACACAUAAAAGUGAUGUGUUUACACAAACAUUUGGCUUGAGGAAUCCUCUUCUAAUUAAUGGUACCAGGAAAGGUCACAUUCUUGGCUUUGACCUGAGAGAACCAAGUAAUAGAUCUAGUUGUAUAAAACUUCAACAAGAGUUGUCAGUGUGUUGUGUCAAGUUUCUUACAGACGAGAACUACCUGGUGGCCAGUGAUAUGGCAAGCAAGAUACUACUCUGGGAUAUCAGAGCUUUGAAACCUGUAAUACAAUUCCAUGGUCAUACAAAUACUCACUUACAACUGUCUUUUCAUAUUGACUCAACGGAAUCAGUCAUUUACUCAGGUGGUAUGGAUACUUUGAUUCGUUUCUGGAGUUUACAAGAUGGUCAUUUAAUACGGACUGUUGCACCACCAUUUAAAGAACAUUACAGACCACCUUUAGUACAGUAUUCUGAAGAGUGGACAAAAGACAACUUUCCUGGCAUAGUAAUGGCAAAUGAAAAAGACUUGCACUGGUGUGGUAUAUAACAAAGCUAGAAGAGAGAUUUGCAAAUUUUAAUAAAAGUUAAUUUUAUAUUUAUAUUUAUUUUCUUAUCAAUAAAUCAUACUACUUUCUA